CACAUUCACAUUCUCUUGUCUCUUGCAUACCCCAGCUUCCCGCUUGGUCGCUUCCUCCGUCCCCGGCCGCCUCUUGCCGGCUGGCUUGUCAGAUCUACCAUCUAUCCGCCCGGCCGGCCCUAGGCCACGGCGCGCGCCUGCGGCGACGAUGGCGGCCGCUCACGGCCGUGUUCUUCUUCGCGUCGUCGCGCUUCUCCUUCUCGCCGCCGCGGCCGCCGGGAACAGCACAGUGGUCUCCCUGCGUGAGUUGGAUGGACGGGACGCCGCGAGGGAGGCACGGAACAGCCGCUACGCUGCUGACAUGCAAGGGGAGCGCAAGAAAUCAGGGGCAGCCGCGACCACCGUGCUACAGCUGAAGCACCACUCGUUCACCGCCACCCCCGACGAGCCCGCCGCACGCGACCGAUACCUCCGCCGCCUCCUCGCCGCCGACGAAGCGCGUGCCAACUCACUGCAGCUCCACAACAACAACAGGGCGGCAGCGUCCACGACGCAGUCCCGCUCCGCCGAGGUCCCGCUGACCUCCGGCAUAAGCUUCCAGACGCUCAACUACGUCACCACCCUCGGGCUCGGCGGCAGCUCCGGCUCCGCCGCCACCAACCUCACCGUCAUCGUGGACACGGGCAGCGACCUCACGUGGGUGCAGUGCAAGCCCUGCUCCGUGUGCUACGCGCAGCGCGACCCGCUCUUCGACCCCGCCGGCUCCGCCACCUACGCCGCCGUCCGGUGCAACGCGUCGGCGUGCGCGGCCUCCCUCAAGGCCGCCACGGGCACGCCGGGCUCCUGCGCCACCACCGGCGCGAGCAACGAGAAGUGCUACUACGCGCUGGCCUACGGCGACGGGUCGUUCAGCCGCGGCGUGCUCGCCACGGACACGCUCGCGCUCGGCGGCGCCAGGCUCGACGGCUUCGUGUUCGGGUGCGGGCUCAGCAACCGCGGCCUCUUCGGCGGCACGGCGGGGCUUAUGGGCCUCGGCCGCACUGAGCUGUCGCUGGUCUCGCAGACCGCGUCCCGGUACGGCGGCGUGUUCUCCUACUGCCUGCCGGCGACCACCUCCGGCGACGCCUCGGGGUCCCUCUCCCUCGGCGGCGACGCAUCGUCCUACCGCAACACGACGCCCGUGGCGUACACCCGCAUGAUCGCCGACCCGGCGCAGCCGCCGUUCUACUUCCUGAACGUGACCGGCGCGGCCGUCGGCGGGACCCCGGUGUCCGCAGCCGGACUCGGCGCCAGCAACGUGCUCAUCGACUCCGGCACGGUGAUCACGCGGCUGGCGCCGUCGGUGUACCGCGCCGUGCGCGCCGAGUUCACGCGCCAGUUCGGCGCGGCGGGCUACCAGGCGGCGCCGGGCUUCUCGAUCCUGGACACGUGCUACGACCUGACGGGGCACGACGAGGUGAAGGUGCCUCUGCUGACGCUGCGGCUGGAGGGCGGCGCGGACGUGACCGUGGACGCCACCGGGAUGCUGUUCGUGGUGAGGAAGGACGGGUCGCAGGUGUGCCUGGCCAUGGCGAGCCUGUCGUACGAGGACCAGACGCCCAUCAUCGGCAACUACCAGCAGAAGAACAAGAGGGUGGUGUAUGACACGGCCGGCUCCAGGCUGGGCUUCGCCGACGAGGACUGCAGCUAUGUAUAGAGCUAAACGGGGAGGCCCACACCACUCCACAUGAUGUUCAGAGAUGAGGAGUGAAAUAUCUUAUUUCUCCUUGCCUCCUUUUAGUGUUGUAAACUAUGUUCUUCGCCAAUCUUGUUCAUUCACCAUGUAAUCUCCAUAGCUGCAAGGAUGAUGGUUAUAUACUCGGUGGCCUAGUCCAACUAGCAUAGAACUGUUGAGGCUAACGGUCACCAUUUCAAUCCGAUUAACUGCAUGAUUGGAGGUCA